UGUCAACUGACUGUCAAAUUUCAGCAAAAGCAACGAGGAGUCCACCUCUGACGAGGACAAGUACUACAAACCCCCGCGUAUCAAGAUGACGCGGAUUCCUGCCACUCUCGCCGAUGCCAACGAUGGUGAUCGCAUGAUGUGGGCCUGGAAGUUGAAGGGAAAGAGUUGGUCGGCAAUCCAAGAUGAAUAUCUCAAACUCACCGGCAAAAAUUACGGACACAGCACUUUGAGCGUGCGAUUCCACAUGAUGAAGCGAACCUUCGCCAGUAACGGCGCUCUUGAACUCCCCGACGAAUACUACCAGAAAUACCCUGACGACCUCUGGUUGAAAGACGUCUCUAACCUCCGCCAACAGUACGUCCGAGACUGCGAAGUCAUGAUGAAAGCAGACAAAGAGAUCGAAAAACAGCGCUUCGAGGCCGCGGCUCGUAUCUACAAAGCAGAGGGAGAGACCCAUACCCCAGCUGCCAUCAAGAAGAGAUGGGCGGACAUGAGGGACUUGGGCAGGGACGUUCACCCAGAAGAGAGAUACCGCCCAGAGGAUAAGGAAUUGCCCAAUCAAGGUGGCCUGGCACUAGAUUUCGCUGAAACUGAAUGGGGUGCUCCAAAGACGACUGAGAGGAUGAUCACUGAGGAAGACCUUGCAAAGGCGAAAGCGAUGGUUCAACGUGCCACGCUGGUCUCUUAUCCCGAUAGUGAUUGAGCAAUGAUUGAUGGAGACCUGGACACCAGGGACAUCUUACGAGAGAGUCUAGAAUGGACUGCAUCAGACGCC